UCUAAAUCCUGAGCUGGACUUAGGUCAGCUUGAGGGGGCGUUUGUCAUGGGCCUCGGCUUGUUCUUGUUGGAGAGUAUGACUCUGGAUACACGGUCCGGACAAGUACUCACAGACGGAUCAAAUACCUACAAGCCACCGAUGACAAAAGAUAUCCCUAUCAAGUUUAACGUCAAGUUCUUGAGGAAUGCGCCAAAUCCAAUAGGAGUUCUAGGAUCUAAGGCCGUGGGAGAGACACCUGUAGCAGUUGGUGCAUGUCCCAUGUUGGCACUCAAACGAGCUAUAGAAGCUGCUCGAGCCGAUGCUGGGAUAGGGGGCUGGUUUCCUUUCCAUGCACCAGCCACAGUAGAGAGAAUCCAACAAGCUUGUGUCACCGACAUCACACACUACACACUUGGCAAAUGA